UACAGGUAAAGAAAGAUGUUAAAACAGCUUUAACUAAACAACACUAAUGAUGUGAAAAUACAGUAGUGACUGUGUAAGGGGAUUUUUCUAAAUAGUUCCUCGACAGUACAUACAAAUCUACCCACGUAUGGUAUCAGUAUUACAUGUAGGUGAAGUGCCGGACAUUAUUGUCCAAAUGCAUCUGUAUAAUAUUCAUUAGGAGGUCGAUAUAAUCAUGCUUGGUGUUCUUGUUUUUGUCUUUGCCAUAUACCAUAAUUGGACCUAACUGGCUGCUAAAGUCAAUUACUGAGGUUUCGAUGAGCCAUAUAUAUUACAAACAGCUUAACAGAUAUUGUUUUCCUUACUAUGAUUGUGAGCCAGAAAAUGAAAUACAACCAUGUACAGUGAACUCUACUCGUGAUUUAUGUAGACCUUGUGUUGAUGGAAUGGUCCAGCCAGAUCUCAUAUCAUCUUCAGUGAAGGGCAGUACAAGUGAUACUGCAUGUUUCAGACCUGAAAAUGAUUGUCUAGCGCAAGAUAUCACAAACAAACGAAAUUGGAACAAUGCUGAUAGAGGUUUAUGUGACAGUCUACAUGGUUGCAAGUGCAAAACAAUAGCAUGCUUCUACGGAGAUCCCUGCUUAUGUGACGAAAAAAGAGAUGGCUGCCAACCUGGAACAACAUUAAACGAAGCCGGAGAAUGCAUUCCCUGUCCAAAUGGUACAUAUAAGAAUGACAACGGCUGUGGUCCUUGUCGACAUUUGCAAAGAAGUAAUCACAUUGUCAAUCCUACUACACAGAACGCUCGUAUAGUUAGCACUUACAUAUCUUUACCAUCACCUGCACAUGUUCAGAUGAAUCCAAAUAGACCGGAAGAAAAUAAUAAUCUUUUGGUAAUUUUUAUCGUUGCCCUUAGCGUGCUGAUCAUAUUAUUAUCUAUGGUUACUAUAGCGAUUUGCUUCAAAAGAUCCGGCUUUGUUCUUGCAGGGAUCUGUUGGACACAUGGGAGAGGACAACCAGACAGCACAGAUCAUAUACACAUCGAACCUUUGAUUAAAGUUGCGAAUCAAGAUGACAAUGUAACAAUUCGAAAGACAGAAGGUCGAAAUAUAACUGAUAAUCCGGGUGGUCAACCUCAAUGGCAUUAUCCAUCGCAUAAUUUUAAAAGCGGGACACAGGCAGAUGUCAUGUCUAUUUCAAACGAAUCUGGUUUUCAUGAGGGAAAUGGCAUAAUUGCAGCAGUAAAUGGCAAAUGUGAAAAUUGUAAAAAGUCAACAGAUUCAACAUCGAAUUAUUACAACACGUAUCGUCAAGCUUUAAAGCAGCAAUUAACAGACGUUAAUGAAUUACCGACAAAUGCGAAAACUAGUGGCAAAAAAGACAUGAAAAUUGAAAAGAAAUUGAAAAAUAAAAUGCAGAAACCAUUAUCAAUUGAUAUACCAACAAUGAACCCCAAUGACAGUUUUAAUGUUUCUGACACAUGCAGUCCAGUCACAACAGACUCUGAACCUCAUACUCUUUGGACAGGAAUUGGUCAAGCACAUCAAAGUGAUACCAGUGGCUAUCAAACUCAAUAUAAUGAGGAAACUUUGCCUUCGACUUUUGCAGCUUCCGGGGACUACAUGUCUAUGAAUGUGUCUACACUAAGCAGUAGAAGUGACACUAAUGAGACGAUACUCAGUAAUCUGGAAAACUAUGUUUUUGAAAUCAAAGGUAUUAAUAUGAACACUUUUAAUAGCAUGAACGAUCAAUCAGAAACAGAAAUGAAACAUUGUGGUCAAAAUAGCAUUGACAGUGGAGUGUCUUUAACAUACAAACAUCCAGGUAUAUAAAAAGAAACAAAUAGAUAUACCAAGAAGAUAUCAUAAGGAGAGGACACAGAGCCAAUAGCUAUAGUAUUCUUCAGUGUUCAUUUAUGGCAGUUUUAUCUGAUUACUAUCAUCCACUUUGAACUCAGAUUAAGUCGAAUAAAAUGUAUGAUUUUGAUCGUGCAUACCAAACGCGUGCUUCUAUUCUGUAUUGAAAUGAUUCGUUUGAGAUUCCAAACAAAGGAUGUGGUUACAUGUAAAGUAAAUAAUUUACAAGUAACCAUACAAAAUUGUGUUUGAAAUGUAGACCGUGCAAUAUUUAUUAUUAUGUAAGAACUGUAUAAAAUGAAAUUGAGAAUGGAAAUGGGGAAUAUGUCAAAGAGACAACAACCCGACCAAAGAGCAGAUAACAGCCGAAGGCCACCAAUGGGUCUUCAACGCAGCGAGAAAAUCCCGCACCCGGAGGUGGUUAUCAGAGAUUUCAACCCUCCCCCUAUACCUCUAGCCAAUGUAGAAUAAAGAAACACAUAGCGAUACGCAUAGUAAAACUAGUUUAAAAGAAGUCCGAGUCCGAUGUCAAAAUAGGUAACAAAAGAAACUAAGCAAAAUGACAAUGAAACAUAAAUUAACAAAGGACUACUAGCAGUUACUGACAUGCCAGCUCCAGACCUCAAUUAAACUGAUUGAAAGAUUAUGUAUUCAUCAUAUGAAAAUCAGGUACAAUACCUCCCGUUAGGGGUAUAGUAUCAUAUCAUUAUAAAAUAUAUGAGAAGAACAUAACCCGUAUCAUGCCAACAACUAUGUUUAGAAUAAAUGUGUUUAUUUCCGAUGCAAAGACCAUAUGAGUGAAUCAAUAUUAAUACCAAAAUAUGCAAUCCUUAAUGAUCUGACAACAGUAUCGUAACUAUAUCCCUUCCGAAUAAGUCUGUUUAAAGGUUUGGUUAGCUUUUGAGGUGAAUGCCGACAAUUUUGUGCUUUGUAUUUUUAUUACCAUAAAAUAUUGGAUGUGAAAUACCUGAACGUAUAAGAUGUCUGCAUGUUGAUUUAUAUUUACGAAUGAUGUCCUUGUACGGAUGAUAAAAAUUUAGUAAAUGUUUUGACUAGUUUGUGAUAUCGAAAACCCUGGUGUAAUAAUUUUUUCAGUAAAACAGGGAUUUCUUUCGUUGAAAUCAAAUACGUUGUUACAUACACGAGCGAAUCGAACAAGUUGAUAUAUAACACCAUAAGAUGGUGACACGGGAACGUCACCAUCUAAAAAUGGAUAAUUAACCAUAGGAAAUGAAAAAUCGUCUCUUAUAUCAUAAAUUUUGAUAUUAAGCUUCCCGUUUAAGAUAUAGAUAUCAAGAUCCAGAAAAGGGCAGUGUUCAUUGUUAGUAUUAGCUUUAUUUAAAGUCAGUUCGGCAGGAGAAAUCUCUUAAGUGUACACACUGAAGUCGUCAUUAUUGAGAGCCAAUAUAUCAUCUAAAUAUCUAAAAGAGUUAUUAAAUUUUUGAAUCAGAUGUUGUUUCGAUGUGUCUUUGUUGAUUUUAGUCAUAAAUUGUAACUCAAAACAAUACAGAAACAGGUCCGCAAUAAGUGGUGCACAGUUAGUUCUCAUGGGAAUCCCGAUAACCUGACGAUAAACGGAAUCUCUAUAGCGAACAAAAAUGUUCUUUAGUAUGUAUAUAGGUUUUGUUAUCUACUGAUGCAUUCAUAAACAAUGUGGUCAUAAACAAUGUAUUCAUAAUUAAUGUGUUCAUAAACAGUGUGUUCAUAAUCAAUGUGUUUAUAAACAAUGUGUUCAUAAUCGAUGUGAUCAUAAACAAAGUGUUCAUAAUCAAUUUGUUCAAAAACAAUGUGACCAUAAUUAAUGAGUUCAUAAACAAUGUAUUCAUAAUCAAUAUGUUCAUAAACAAUGUGUUCAUAAUCAAUGUGUUCAUAAACAAUGUAUUCAUUAUCAAUGUGUUCAUAAACAUGUGUUCGUUAUCAAUGUGUUCAUACGCAAUGUGUUCAUCAAUAAUGUGUUCCUAAUUUCUUUUAACUGUACUUUGCUAAUUUUUUGGUCAAAUUAAAUGCAUGAAACAUAUAAUACCAUACGUAUAAAAAAGAAGAUGUGGUAAAAUUGCCAAUGAGACAACUCUCCACAAGAGACCAAAUGACACAGAAAUUAACAAAUAUAGGUCACCGUACGGCCUUCAACAAUAAGCAAAGCCCAUGCCGCAUAGUCAGCUAUAAAAGGCCCCCAAAUGACAAAUGUAAAACAAUUCAAACAAAAAAACUAAAAGCCUAAUUUAUGUACAAAAUAAUGAACGAAAAACAAAUAAAUAUCGGGUUUUUACCCAUCGAUAUCAUAAGAUAUCAGCUGCGAGCCAGAGUGAGCGCAUCGAAUAAGAAAAGAAGAUUCACAUUGUGUCGAGUGGCUGAUAUUUUACGAUAUCUCUACAUAGAAAACUGGACAAUCUGUGUAUCGUUCUAUUAUUGUUUUUUUACAGUUUUAAAACACUUUUUGUUGUGAAGUUUUUCAAAUUGUAUUGCAUGUGGACCAGUUAGCGAAUCGUAAAUGUGUUGCAAUCUUAAUUUUUGAAACAAUACGAACAUUCCUAAAUGUAUUUUAUUCUAAAAAAAAACAAGAGAAAAUUGGUAUCCGGAAGCAUACUUGUCGUUGUAAGCGAUGAGGGAUGUAUAAAUACCCUGUUUUUCUGCUUUGUAUCGAUCUGAUGAGUUAAGCCUUUUUCAACUGAUUUUUAUCGGUUAUUCAUAUGUUGUGCUGUUACACCACUGUCCCAGGUUAGGGGAGGGUUGAGCGCUCACAAACAUAUUUAACCCCGCCACAUUCUUUAUGUGCCUGUCCAAAGUCAGGAGCCUGUAGUUCAGUGGUUGUCGUUGGUUUAUGUCUGUCAUAUUUGUUUUUCGUAAAUUGUUUUAAAUUAGUCAGUUUUCUCAAUUGAAAUGUUUCAUAUUUUUUAUGUCGGGGCCUUUUAAAGCCGAAAAUACGGUAUGGGUUUUUCUCAUUGAUGUUGGCCUUUCGGUUGCCUAUAAUUGCUUAAAUUAACUUUAUUUGAACUUUGGUGGAUAGUUGUCUCAUUGGCAAUCAUACCUCAUCUUCUUAUUUCUAUAUUUAAGUCGUAGUCUAAUUGUUUUCUUCUAAUCGCAAUGCUGUUUACGCUGACAUUAGGAGGAUGUAUGAUAAGAGCCAUUAUUUGGUCCUUGAGAUUGCAAAAAGAAUGUAAAAUUACUUGAGCCUUUCAAAAUCAUAUAUAAAUUGUAUUGAUAAAUGAACAGGUUAAUAUAUAAUCUAGACAGUUCAGUGCAGAAAGGUCAUUUGUGAUAGCAUAAACAUUUUUUGGAAUAUUUGACCUUAUAUGACCCUUUUACAUAUAGUUUUCGUAAAAACCGAUAUGAGCAACAGCCCUUCCAAAACAAAUAUUUUAAACAUUAACAUCUGUGUAAAAUACAUACUGUAGAAAAAUAUAUUUUCGGGUAAAGCUGUUGCUCAUAUAAAAAAAUUAAUGUCAAAAUCGCAAAAUAAGGCUAAUUUAGCAGUUUAUGCAGUUUUGCACUUAAUUCAAUAAGUUUGAGGCCCUAAAUGCAAAUAUACAAGACAAAAUUCUAAAAUACAAAUAUUGGUAGUCCGACAGACUAAUGUCUAAUCUAAAAGAUGCUAAUUGGUAGAUAAUUCUUCUUAGUUAUCAAAAUCAAGGGACCAAAAUUUGCCUUUUCAUACCUUUCCCUUCAUUUGGUAUUAACUUGAAAUAAGAGUUUUCAUUUCUGAGAUAAAGAUCUAAUAUAAAUUCACUUGAAAAAAUACAAAAACUGCUAUUUAUAUUUGAGAAUAAGAAGAUAAAUUCACACGUUCUAAAUAUGUUAAAAAUAUAUAAUUUGAUUUCAUUUUCGAAUGCAUUGUAAACAAAUGUUGUUUUUUUGAAUCAGUAAUCUCAUUGUUUGAAUAUAACCAAUAAAUACGUUGUUCCUUUGUAUUGCAGGAUUUCUGUCUCGACAUAAUACAACAGAUUCCUACUUCCCGUUAAACAAUGAAAUAUCCUUUGAACUUCCUUUUAGAAGGACGUGUUUUUUUAUGGCAUACUGCUUAACCCUUAUAAUUUGUCACGCCUAACUAAUUUCCUUUUAUGUAUAUUUUCAAAUUGUUGAGUUUGUAUUAACGUGCAUGUACACAAGUCAGCGAAUGCGACGGCACAAGGUCAACAGAUUUGAAAAAUAAGAUAAAGGAUUAAUUAAUUUAGAUUUUAAGUGUUUGCUUGAGAAAAACAUGUUACUUGUUGA